AGCUGAGCCAGCCACUUCAUUUGCUGGAUAAGACAGACAGUUGUGUACCGUAUGAUCUCACUUAAUCGUUUUAAUAAAUCAAAUAUUAUACUGCGGAUUUGCUUUGGGCCUACAGCUAGUUGUUCCAGUGGAAAUGUCGUGUCGGGUGGACAUUUGUCCCGCCGCUGUCGGGUGCUGAAACGCGCAAUCAGCCUGUGGAUUCUUGAUGUCCAUUAUGAAACGCGAUGCUGCACGGGCUGCCGAAUAUUAGGCGCAGCGCUGCUGAGAUCAAAUGAAAUACCAGAAAUCAGUUUAGCUGCAAAUACUCCUGUUGUGCGGACGGUUCAAGGUGGUCCAGCCUCUUUCUCCACAGCUCCCCUCUUCCUGUCUUCUCUUGGAUUGUGGAUAACAAGAAGGCUUCAAGACGGAGGGGGUGGUGGAGCAUCGAGGAAAAAAUAGGGGCAAUAUGAGAGAGCGGGACUUCAUGCCCAAUAUGGAGAGGGGCAAACCUGCUACUUACACGGGGGACAAAAAGGCGAAGAUGGCUGCUAAGACUAACAAGAAGUGGGUGAGACUAGCCACUGUUUUUGCAUAUGUAUUGUCCGUGUCCUUAGCAGCCAUUAUCCUGGCAAUUUACUACAGCCUGAUCUGGAAACCAACCAGUUCAUCCUCUUCUGCGGGGAAGCCGGGAGUGCCCGAGGAGGUCACCCCCACCGCAAACAUCUCAACUAAUAUUUCCACAGGCAACAAUGGCUCAGAGUGGAACUCUACACAGACAGGGCUGCUUUCUCUCAACCAGAACAGGCAGGACACAACCCCUCACAGUCGGGCGUUUCAGUGGGAUGGUAGAGCCAAGAGGGUGGCCGGAGCAGAAAUUGCGCACUCGCAGCAGGAGGAAGAACUCUACGCACCUUCCCACGGUCACACAAGCGCGGAGAGAUCGGGCACUUUGGGUAUAAAGACACAGGCGUCUCAACCCGGAGUGAGCCACAACAUCCCGUCAAGCACCAGGGAGUCUGGCGCAGCGCUUAAUGAGGACGAGGAAGAGAGGGACCCCGACCAGGCGGCUGCAGAGGCUGCCACUGUUCCUCCAUCCUCCGCGACGAGCCGAGCUGGCCUGAGGGGAGAAUGAUCGGGCCUUUUCCCCACCACCACACACACCCCCACCACCACCCCCACACACAUAAACUGACCCAACAAGGAGUGUUUUACAGACUCAAUGCCGCAGGUCGGAUAACACACAGGUCUUCUUCUUUAAACACAUUUUGCAGAGCCUCUCAUGGAAGCUGAACUGCACAUAUAAACUGACAUCUCGCUCUGAACCUCCAUGAAAAGAGGAGACCUCGCUUCUUCAAUGAACACUGUUUCCCCUUCAACACCAACUAUGCUUUUUUUUUUUGUUUUAGGCCAUCUGUAUGCCUUAAAUCAAUGUGUGUCUACUUUACCUCGGACAGCUUCUGAGGCCACUAACCUGCCUGUACACGCGGACGACACUGGCUUAGAUAUUUUGUUAAAUGAAUAGGAAACAGGCUCCAAAGAUGCUUGUGGAUUUGCAGGGCAUAACUAUGUCUCUAAACACAACUGAUACAUCGGCUGAUCUAAAUCAAUACUGCAUUGUUGCAUUUUAACAUAUAGGCUGUAUUUUCUUGUCAUGGAUCAAACCUGGAUUCCGAGUAGAAGAACUUGCAUUAUUGAGUUAUGCUCAGGUAUGUGCAUAUAACCAUGUAAAUGUAUUGUGUAUUUGGUUAUGUACAUAUAGAGCAGGCAUAAAUCUUUUUGGCCUAGAUGAACUUUUAGUGUAAUUAGAUCAUUUUUAUUAAAGGUACAGUAUAUUAAGGUAUAACUAUAUCACAAGGUACAAAUAAACAUCCUUAGAAAAUGA